GAUUUUAAGGUUAUGUUUAUCUAGCCUGCUAGCCAUAUUAGAAGACGAUACAGAGAAUCACAAGUAUAUUCAGAUUGUAAAUUACUAUUUGAUUUAUGGUGACUAAUUAAAUUCCACGUGUUAUUACAAGUCGUAACUCUUUCAAGGUAGGUCUACGUCUUAGAUAAAUUUUUAUUUGAGAUCAGGUAUGAGUGAAAUUCUAUCACGAAAAUCUGACAGACUUACAAGAAAGAAAAAAAAAUUGGCAGCACUUCUGGAGUUGACAGAACUGAACGACAAAGACAGAAUGCAACAGAACAAAAACCUUGGUAACGAGAAUUUGGAUGACAAUGGAGGGAAAACAAAUCCUAUCGAUUCGAAGAAGAAAGGUGAGAGAAAAGGAGUGAAAAGAGAGAUUGAUGAAGAAAGAGAAGAGGAAGUACCUGAUGAAAAACGUCAAAAAGCGGAAUGCGAAAGCGAAGCUGUUUUGGAGUCUUCAAAAUCGGAUUAUGAAGAAAAAACACAUGAAGCAAAGAUGAGUUCCAACUAUAAAAUGUCUGAGGAAGAAUAUAAGAAACUAAAAAAAGAGUUGAGGGAUAGAAAAAAAAUGUUGAAGGUCACUCCAAGGAUUUUAUUGAAUGAAGCGGGUAACAAUGCGGCUGUUGGUUUUGUCUGUUGCAUUCCCUUGUUUAUAAGCGAUAUUCAGCAUUUCAUAAUGUAUUCUCAGCUUGGCCACAAUGCACCAGCUAAAGCAAGAUGGUGUGACAUUGAAAAGUUCAACAGGAUUUCACACACCGUUAUACUGAUCAUUGAAGGACUGUCAGCUUACGAUGUGGUGUCCAACGAAUCCUCAUGUCCUAACUUCGCCGAUUUGAAUUUCAAAGUUCAAUUUCUGUCGCCAUUCAACUAUGACGGUUUUUUGAUCGAGGAAUUGACUGCAGUUCCCCUCACUAGGUCACAAAUGGUUCAUCUUCAAAAAACGUUUUCUGUGAAAGGCGUGAAUAACAAGAAUCAGAAAUUUCGUGUGCUGCGAUCUCUUUUUCCCAUCGAAAAGAAAGAGAGCAAUAAUACAAUUUCCGACAAGGAGACUGGAAACAAUAAUCUUGAAAAUACUGAAGCUUCUUCCAAUGAUGAUCAGUUCUCCAGAGUAGAUUUGCUUUUGUCCGCUUGGCAGAUGGUGGAAGAAGGUUAUCCUGUUCCUUUGAGUGGAAAUUUGCAAAAUAGAUAUGCAGAUUUUGUGAUGACAAAGGAUGAAUACACAUAUGUGAAACCCAACUCGCCUAUGUGGGCUGUAGACUGCGAGAUGUGUAUGACAUCAACCAAGCAAAAUGAAUUAACUAGGAUAUCAAUUGUCGAUGAAAAUUUCAAGACAGUCUACGAUACUCUGGUGAAGCCACACAACAAAAUCAUCAAUUACCUGACGAAAUAUUCGGGAAUCACAAAAGAAAUGAUGAAAAAUGUUACAAAAACCCUUGAAGAUGUUCAGGAAGACCUGAGAAAGUUGUUACCUAGUGAUGUGAUUCUAGUUGGACAGUCACUGCAGUUUGAUUUAAUAGCAAUGAAGAUGAUGCACCCCUAUGUGAUAGACACGAGCGUCAUUUUCAACAUGUCAGGCUUGAGAGCAAGGAAAACGAAGCUGUCCGUGUUGAGUUUGAUGUUUCUAAACGAGGAAAUUCAGGCCGGUCACGGACACGACUCAAUCGAGGACAGUUCUACUGCUCUCAAAUUGGUCAAACUCAAACUUCAAAACAGUAUUGAGUUUGGUGAUGCAGUACUCAGUGGCCCAUUAACAUUUGACAAAAAACAUGUUCUUAAACAAAAUAAUAAUAAAGAAAGGAACAAGGAGAAAGUUCAAGAAGAGAUACAGUUUACAAGUCUCUUCGGUUACGUAACAAGGCCUGAGGGUAAAUAUGCGUCAGUCAUCGCAAAAGAGAGCAUCCUCAGCACCUAUGAACCGUACAUCAAGGCUGCGGCAGUCGACGAGAAGGACUUGAGAGUGGAAGGUGUCGCCAUCGAAUCCAACAUGGCCGCCAUUGAGAAGACCUGUUCACAGGCGGCCACUCAGUCGUUUGUCACCGCACACUUGAAGCUCAACGACAACGAAUCUGUACACGAUGUUAAUCGGUGGUGUGGAGAUAUCUACAAAUCGCUAGAAUACAAUUCACUUUUCGCCGUCAUGUUGGCAGGCACAGAAGGCAGUGACGCUCGUGGUGCUUUCAUGUUCACUGUUAAACAGAGUCCAUUGCAUUUGGCUAGGUGAAGUAGUAUCGAUGAACUCAUUGUGUGGCCUUGCUAUCCAGUGAAUUGAACGCUGUGCAAAAAAAUGAAUAUUGGUGGUUCUCAUGGAAGCUAGCUAGCAUACACUGACUGCUGGGUGGAAAUAGAAUGCUAUUGGUUCUAAUGGGCAGAAAGAGAAUUACAAAUGUGUAAACUGUCCCAUAAGUACCAUUAGUUAUCUCUCUUCGCCCAGCAGAGUACAAUUUCAUCGGAAAGUAACAUUGUACUCCAUUAAAAUGUGAACGAAAUAAUUUUUUUUAUUUUCUUAAAUCUUAUUAUCAUUACAAAUCUCGUCUGAUUAAAAAUAAAUGAAAAGUUCUCAAUAACAAUAUUACUUCCAUGCGGAGAAACCCAGUAAGCUGAAUAAAAUGUUAUCUUAUAUUUUAUAGUCACAUGUUACCCAUUAGAACAUGUUACCAAAUUGUUGCCCUAGGGCAACCAACGUUCCCCAUGGAGAGUUUUAUGGUAGUCCCUAUAAGUAUUUUUUUUUCGGUUUCUGAAUUCUUAGAAGUUUUAUAUUUUGUUUAAUUUUAGUAAGCUAUACAAAUAAAUAUAC